AUGCAAGAACCACCAAUUCCAGAAGAUCACUCUCAAAAAGAAACUAUUUUAUCAACCAAAUGUCAAUUUCUUCUUUGGAGUUGGGUUUUAAUUCUAAUAUCAAUUAUGAUUAGUGUUAUUGCAACAGAUAUUCCAUGUAAUCCAAUAGAAUUUUCAAAUUAUACAAGUUAUCCAACUCAAAGUUAUCCAUGGUCAAUAAGCAAUGGUUAUUUCGAUGAAGAUUCUUUCCUUGAUAUCAUUGUUGUUAAUAGAGGUAAUACAAGUAUUGGUAUAUACUAUGGUUUCGGAAAUGGAACAUUCGAAAGUCCAAAAUUAUACAACACGGCUUACGAUGUUGCUUAUGUUUUUGUUAGAGAUAUGAAUAACGAUAAUAAAUCUGAUAUAGUGCUAACUUAUACUGAUACAAAUCAAAUUGCCAUUUUUAUUAAUAAAGGCAAUCAAAAUUUUAAUUCACCAAUAACUUUUCCAGUUGGAAAUUAUCCAUACUGGAUUGAUGUUUCAGAUUUUAAUAAAAAUAAUCUAUUAGAUGUUAUUGUUGUUAAUGACCGUGCCGCUUCUGUUACUAUUCUAUAUGAUUAUAAUUAUUCUAAUUUAUCAUUCAGUUUUUCUAAAACCUAUCCUUGUGGAAAUGAUGUUACAGGUGUAUCUGUUGCAGAUUUUAAUAAUGAUUCAUAUCCUGAUUUUGUUACUACUGAUUAUAGUGAUAAUACAAUUAGUCUUUAUAUUAAUCCUAAAAAUGGAAUAUUUAAUCAUAAAAAAAAAAUUUAUACAAGUAUUGCACCUUGGGGUAUAGCCACUGCUGAUUUAAAUAAUGAUAAUUUUAUAGAUAUUGUUAAUACUAAUUUUGUUUCAUUUACAAUAAGUGUUUUUUCAAAUGAUGGACAUGGAAAUUUCAAUAAAUUCGAUACAUAUUAUAUUGGCGGAACUACAAUGUCAGUUACAUUGGCUGAUUUAAAUAAUGAUACAUUCAUUGAUAUUAUUGCUGCAAAUAGAGCUGAUAAUUUUAUUUGCAUUUUUUUAAAUAAACAAAAUGGAAUAUUUGAAACAUGUCAACGGUUUAUCACCGAAUGGAAUAUUUAUGGUGAUACAGAUGUAGAUUUCAAUGUUUCUGCUGUUACAACUGGAGAUUUCAAUGGAGAUAACAAAAUAGAUAUUGCUCUUUGUACUGGACAAUAUAAUAUGAAUGUUCUUUUAAAUCUAUGUUAA